AUGGCGAGUGUAGUGUUACACGGGAAUCUUUCGAUCGAUAUUUUCGACCCGGCGACCACAGAAUGGAAACGAUGGUUGCAGAGAUUCCAAGCAGCGAUCACUAUUUUUCAAGUUCCGGCAGAACAACGGGUACUGUACCUAUUACAUUAUAUCGGGUCCGCCGCUUUCGAUGUGAUUUGUAACAAAAUGGCACCGGCGGAUCCUUACUCAACUACUCUCGAAGAGUUAAUAAAUAACCUAGGAGAGUUCUAUGCGCCGGAACCGUUGGAGAUCGCGGAAAACUUCCGUUUUCACCAAAGAAAACAGAAUGACGGUGAACCGAUUAAGGACUUCGUCGCGGCAUUACAAAAAUUGAGCGUUCACUGUAAGUUUGGUCCAUACUUAAAGACAGCUUUACGAAACCAACUGGUUUUCGGACUGGCAAGUUCACGGGCCCAGUCCCGUCUACUGGAGACUAAGGACCUCACUUUUGAUAAGGCGGUCCAGGUUGCCACCGCUAUGGAGUUAUCGGAGAAAGAUUCACGCCAGCUACAAUCGAAGACGGCCGAAAUAGAGUACGUGGGCCCGAAGGACCGCAAGCCGGAACAACGGGGACCGCGGAAGAAGAAAUUCACCUCGGGAAAGCCCGCGAAAGAGAAGAUUGAAGCGCACAAAACGAAUGUCGGUAAACUACGUACAGGCCAUUCGAGUACGUCCGUGAAUGCUAAUAUAUCUUGUUACAGAUGCGGUAGAAACCACCUAGCUAGCAAAUGCACUUUAGACAGGAAUAUCAAAUGCAAUUUUUGCGGUACACCAGGCCACUUGCGCAAGGUCUGUAUGGGGGCGAAGCGCGCCUCAGCGAACCAGGUCGAGGAAGUAUUGCAGGUGGAGCAUUGCGAACAUAGGGGCAAAUUUUUCAAAACGCUCGUAGUAGAUGGAAAGCCUUUGCGUUUUGAGAUAGAUAGCGGGGCAGCGGUUUCUAUUGUAAGUACUAGCACUGUUCAAAGAUUAUUUCCCCGCCGUCGGCUUAAACAGACGACCAUACAAUUGAUGACCUUCUGUAAAACACCUAUCCAAGUAAUCGGCGUGCUUCCGGUAUCGGUGACGUGGCGCGACGACAUACUUACGUUAAAUCUAUACGUCUCUGAGGUCGAUCGCGAGCCUUUGUUAGGUCGCGAAUGGAUACGUCAGCUACACCUAUUUCAUUUAGUAGAUUCGAUAAACAUGACCCAAGUCAUUGAAAACAGUACACGAAGUAAAAUCGAACGACUGUUAGAUUGCUACAAAAAGAAAUUAGACCCGAGUCUUACAAAGAUACGAGGCUUACAAGCCAGUUUAACUACAAAGGAAAAUAUCAAUCCUAUCUUCCUAAAAGCACGUACAGUACCCUUUAAACUAGUACCCUUAGUGGAACAAGAAUUACAAACACUGGUAGAGGACGGGAUUUUAGAAAAGGUCAAUACGUCGCGUUGGGCUACACCUAUUGUGCCCGUAUUAAAGAAAAACAACAAAAUACGUAUUUGCGGAGAUUUCAGCGUCACGAUAAAUCCUAAUUUAUUGACCGAUAAAUAUCCGCUCCCCACCGUCGACGAGUUAUUUGCGUCCAUGGCCGGGGGCACAAAAUUUACAAAGAUUGACCUACAACAGGCUUAUUUACAAUUAGAAGUUCGGGAAGAAGAUCGCGAAUUGUUGACAUUGAAUACACAUAAAGGUCUGUUUAGAAGCACAAGGCUAAUGUACGGGAUCGCGUCGGCGCCAGCUAUUUGGCAGCGUGAAAUUGAAAAUAUCUUAGGGGACAUACCGGGUGUGUCUGUUUUUCUUGAUGACAUCAAAAUCACAGGACCUGAUGAAAACACUCACAUGUGCCGUUUAGAACAAGUACUCUCACGUUUAGCAGACGCAAACAUACGAAUUAAUGAAGAAAAGAGCGAAUUUUUUAAAGACAGCAUACUUUACUGCGGUUACAAGAUCAACAAAAGCGGAAUACAUAAGAUAACCGAGAAAACCCAAGCCAUUGAUAAUAUGCCACCGCCACAAAACGUAACCGAAUUGCGCUCCUUUCUGGGGAUGGGCUAUACCUUCGACAUUAAGUACAAAAAUACGCGACAACAUUGCAACGCUGAUUGUCUAUCUCGCCUACCAGUUCCAAUGAUACCUAACAUAGAGCGCGACGUGGUCGACGUCUACGAGAUGGAAAUAUUGCAGAACACACCCGUGUCUACAGACAAAUUAGUACAAGCGACCGCAGCAGAUACACAAUUACAAAAAAUACUCAGAGCGCUACGCGAGAACAAAGAAAUACCGGCUAAAUUGCGUUUCAAUAUUAAUCAAGCGGCCUUUAGUAUACAGCAGGAAGUGGGGGAGAGUGUGCAAUGCCGAAACUACAGUGGAAACGUCAAAUGGAAACACGGAAAGAUCAUUCACCGCCUGGGUAAAUUACACUAUAAAAUAGAACUGGAUGAUGGCAGAGUCUGGGAACGCCACGUAAACCAAUUGCUGCGAUCAGGAGAAUUUUGGGACCACCCCGACGAACCGCAAACAAAAAGGGAACCAAACGUCCCGGAAACACCGGAGGAAACGGAAAUACAACACACCCAUAGCGGCGCCGAACAACCACGACCACCGGAAGUGCAUCAAUCUCCAGAGAGAGCAGAAGUAUCCGUCCAGAACCAGGCAGGAGACGUCGGACGCCCAGUACGCAUGAGGAAGCCACCGGAAAGAUAUACGGACACUGUAUACUAUCGGAAGUAA